AAAUCGAUUGUUUGCCAAUUUCGGCGGCAGAUAUUUGUUUACAUUCCGGAAUUAAUUUCACAAGGACUGUAUUUCACUUCACACGAAGCACCAGGAAAAAAACUGUAGAUAAACCUGAAACUAAUAUAUGAAUACAUUUAUUAAGCGAUUUACAUAUAUUACAAAACAUUUCAAGUUAUUACAAAAUAUGGCAUUUGAAGCAAGAACACACGUAAAUGGCAAUAUGCUUAGACAAUUUGCUGGCCAAAAUGUCAGCAUAAUGUUGUGUGUUGAUAGUGAAGCCGGCACAAACUUAAUAGGUACUAGUACUGAUGAUCAAAAAGUUACCGUUCAGCUCUCGGAUUCCGUUGGAGCAUCAAAAGACGAUUGGAUUGAGGUAAUUGGCAAAGCAAUGGGAUCCACAAGUGUAAAAGCUAAAGAAGCCAUACUAUUCGGUGGCGAAAACAUUGAUUUCGACAAAGAAGGCUACAACAUGAUGGUCCUGUUUAUGAACAAUUGCAAAGAGAUUUAUCGUAGCGGCUGAUAAAUCCAUUUGUUUGACAUUAACUUAAAUUGAAUUGAAUAAUUAUAUUAAAGUAUUUAAGAUUAUUUUUAUAUGUAUUGAUCAAGUUUAUUGCAUCCGAAAUAUAAAUUGUUUAUUCUAUUGCCAAUACAAUGUUAAUAA